AAAUCUCUUCCCCAAACUAUUGAAACAAAGAUGGGUGCGAGUAUCCUCGUAGAUGCAGCUCUGUCGAAGGUGAUUGCUGUUGCUUCUGAUCAGUUCACCUCUCUCGUAGAUUCAGUUGUGUCGAGGGUGACUACUUCUGCUUCUGAUCAGUUCGAUUUAGCACUGGGAUGGAACGAUGAUCUGACGGAGUUUCGCGAUACAAUGGAGACGCUCCGAGGUUUCUUGCAAGAUGCUAAUGAAAAGAACGUCAGUGGCCACCUUGCUCUGAAGAAGUGGCUCCAGGAUCUUCAAGAUGUUGCAGAUGAGGCUGAUGAUAUACUGGAGGAGGUCGCCUAUGAAGGUAUGCAGCGGGAAGUUCAGAAAUCAAAGGUCAGGCGCUUGACUCUGCCUGACCCCGCGCACUUGCUAUUUCGCCAGGAAAUGGCUAAUAGAGUUGCGAAUUGGAAAAAAAGACUUGCUGAUUUGAAUAAAAGACUUGCUGAUAUCCAUCUCUUGGCUGAUGCGUUGGGACUGCGACCCAAACCUGCAGACAUGGUUCCUGAACCCAGAGGCAGGGCAGACCGAGAGACCCACUCUUUUCUUUCAUGUCAAGUUUAUGGAAGAGAGGAAGAUGUCUCUAAAAUAGUCAGCUCGUUGGUUGACUCAAGUAGUCAGCAUGACCUCCCUGUCAUGAUUAUAGUGGGUAUGGCAGGCCUUGGCAAAACCACUAUAGCAAAAGCAGUGCUUAAAAAUGAUAAAAUUCGAGAACAUUUUGGUGAUAAUAAAAUGUGGGUUUGUGUGUCUGAAAAUUUUGAUGUCAAAAUGAUUUUAAUGGAGAUGCUGAAGUCUUGUGGUGGAAGUAGUAGUGGUGAUGGUCAUUCUGGAAGCAAAGAUAUAGUGAUGAAGAAAAUACAAGAGAAGUUGGGGGAGAAAAAUUAUCUUCUCAUACUAGAUGAUGUCUGGAAUGAGGACAGACAGAAGUGGGAGGAUUUAAGGGAUUGCUUGUUGGGAAUAAGUGGAAGUAAGGGGAGUAGGGGUAAGGUGCUUGUGACGACCCGGCUUGAAGAUGUUGCAUCAGUAAUGGCACUUACUGAUGAACACAUCCAUCGUCCUCGGCAAUUAAAUGAAGAUGAGUGCUGGAGUAUAAUCAAGCAGAGAGCAUUUGGAGGCAAAUCAGUAACUGAGGGGUUAGAGGGAAUUGGAAAACAGAUUGCUAAAAGGUGUAAAGGCAUUCCGCUAGUUGCAAGUAUUAUAGGGCCUAUUUUACAGAAAAAGAGGGACAAAAGGGAGUGGCAGGCAAUUACAGAGAAUUGUGUUUGGGAUUCACUGGAAAAGCACGAGGGGAUCUUGGAUAUUGUAAAAUUCAGCUAUGAUCGCUUGCCCACACUGGCUUUGAGGCAAUGUUUUGCAUUUUGUUCCAUUUUUCCUAAGGAUUUUGUCAUGAGAAGGGAGAUGCUAAUUCAACUUUGGAUGGCUCUAGGAUUUCUUGAAUCACCUGAAGAAAUUAGUAAUAUGGCAGCGGAAGAUAUUGGUGACAAGUAUUUCAGAUAUUUGUUAUCAUAUUCCCUAUUUCAAGAUGAAAGGAGGGAUGAUGUAACUGGGAGUGUUGAAUCUUGUAAGAUGCAUGAUUUGAUUCAUGAUUUUGCCCGGUCAAUUUCAAAAUCUGAGACGUUGAUUGUUGAGGAUCGGUCUGGUAGCAAUAUUUCUCAUGAUGUUAGGCAUUUGAAUCUAAUGGAUGGGAGGGAAAUGGAGCCAUCUAUUUCAGGAGAUGUUGCUAAAAAGUUGCAGACUGCUAAAAAGUUGCAGACAUUGUUUUCCAAGCAUAGUUUUUCUAAUGGUGUGCAAGUGGAUCUUAUGAGGUUACGAGUUCUCAGCCUUGCAAAUGCUUGUGAUGCAAAACAAUUGCCGACGUGCUUUGGCAACUUGAAGAGGUUGAGGUACUUGGACAUUUCAGGAACUCAAAUAGAAAAACUGCCAGAAUUCGUCUCCGAGUUGUACAAUCUACAAACAUUUAGAUUCAUGGAUUGCAGAUCUCUUAAAAUGCCUGAAGGAGGAAUAGGAGAUUUAAUCAACUUGAAGCAUAUUUAUUUCAGUGAUGAAGAGCGUAUGCCUGCAAACCUUGGGAGACUAACCAACCUACAAACAUUGCCAUUAUUUUUUGUAGGUACAACAGAAGGACGUAAAAUUGAAGAAUUGGGAAGCUUAGGAGAACUCAAAGGAAGAAUAAAGAUCUGUAAGCUUGAGCUUGUUGCGGACAAAUUGGAGGCAGAAGGAGCAAAGUUAAAAGACAAGGCAGUUGAGCAUUUGAUAUUUUGUUGGUCGCGAGGCAAAGGCAAUCAAGAUAAAGAUGAAGAUGUCUUAGAAGGCCUCCAACCCCCCUCAAAUAUAAGAAGCUUAAGGAUUGAUGGCUAUGGAGGUAGAAAAUUGGCAUCAUGGAUGUUGUUACUCAACAAUUUGGUGGAUCUGACAAUAUCCGAGUGCUAUAUGCUUCACAGAAUUCCAGAUGUCAGUGGGCUUCUAUCUCUUCAGCAGCUUCAUGUUCAAUGGUGUUAUGAAGUAACUAGUUUGGGUGAUGGUGAUGGAGCAUUUACAUCUCUCAAACAAUUAGCCAUAGCCGGGUGUGGUAAGUUAGAAAGAGUUUUGGUUUGUGGAUUAUCAUCUCUGGAGGAACUCAACAUUCUGGGGUGCACGGUGAUGAAUAGCAUAGGAGAUAGCCUAUCAAGCUCCACGUGUCUCAAACAAUUGUAUCUGCAACGCUGUCCUAAAUUGCAGUCUAUUCCAAGGCUAGAAGGACUUGUCUCUUUGAAAACAUUUAAGAUUACCGAGUGUGAUAAAUUAGAGCGUCUACCGAGUGGGCUUUCAUCUUGUACUGCUCUGGAGAAAUUGACGAUAGGGGGAGCCUCUAAUUUGGUUUCUAUUCAUGAAGAAUUGAAGCAGUUGCAGUCUCUCGUUGAGUUGGUUUUUGAAUAUUGUCCAAAAUUGAAGUGUAUUCCAAGUCUAGAAGGACUUGUCUCUCUCAACACACUAAAUAUUACCAAUUGUGAUGAAUUAGAGCGUCUACCGAGUGGGCUCUCAUCUUGCACUACUCUGGAGAAAUUGCAGAUAACGAAAUGCUCUAAUUUGGUUUCUAUUCAUGAAGAAUUGAAACAGUUGCAGUCUCUUGUUGAGUUGGGUUUUUGGGAUUGUACAAAAUUGAAGUUUAUUCCAAGUCUAGAAGGACUUGUCUCUCUGAAAACAGUAAAUAUUACCAAUUGUGAUGAAUUAGAGCGUCUACCAAGUGGGCUCUCAUCUUGCACUGCUAUGGAGAAAUUGAAGAUAAGGGGAUGCUCUAAUUUGGUUUCUAUUCAUGAAGAAUUGAAACAGUUGCAGUCUCUCCUUGAGUUGGUUUUUGAAAAUUGUCCAAAAUUGAAGUGUAUUCCAAGUCUAGAAGGAUUUGUCUCUCUCAAAACAGUAAAUGUUAAGGGCUGUAAUGAAUUAGAGCGUCUACCGAAGCGUCUACCGAGUGGGCUCUCAUCUUGCACUGCUCUGGAGAAAUUGAAGAUAGGGGAAUGCUCUAAUUUGGUUUCUAUUCCUGAAGAAUUGAAACAGUUGCAGUCUCUUGUUGAGUUGGAUAUUUGGGAAUGUCGAAAAUUGACGAGCUUCCCAAAGGAGAUCUUGGGCUCUCUUGCCAGCUUGAAGACGUUACAGCUUGGCCGUCUCUCAGAAGAGCUGGAGGAAUUCCCAGAUUUGAGUUCCACUUCCUCCCUUGAAGUCUUGUGUUUGAAUGGAUGGGGGGAAUCGCUAACUCUGCCACAUCAAAUUCAUCGCCUCACUGCUCUCAGGUACUUAUCUAUCUCAAGCGUCAAUGGAGUGGAAGAAGCUUUAUUGGGAAACCUUUCUUGUCUUAAAACACUUAUGAUUUGGGAGUGUCCUCGGUUAAGGUGUCUAUCAGGUGGGCUGUCAUCUCUUGAGGACCUGCUGAUAAUAGAUUGCCCUAAUCUGGCCUCUUUCCAAGGAGAGUUGAAGGAAUUGCGUACUCUACAAAUUUCAGGUUAUCCAAAAUUGGGGCGCUUCCUAGAGGAGAGUCUCCCCUGCUGCACUAGGUUGGAGAAACUAUGGAUCGAUAGUUUCUCAGAAGAGCUGGAAGAAUUCCCGGAAGAAUUCCCAAGUCUGAGUUCCAUCCCCGCCUCCCUUGAACAUUUGAGCCUGACGGGAUGGGAAAAACUAACUCACCUCCCACAAAUUCAACACCUCACUGCUCUAAAGGAGUUGACGAUAGAGGAAUUCAGUGCAAUGGAAUCUUUGCCAGACUGGUUUAACAACUUGUCCUCUCUUCAACGACUUGAAAUUGUUGAAUGUCCAGACGAGUUAAAGGAAAGAUGCACCAAGGGAAGCGGUCCUGACUGGCACAAGAUUUCCCACAUUCCAUGCAUCCGAAUAGGUGAGCAGAUCAUCCAAGGUGAAGACGAAUUCGAUGACUAAGGCAAAGAGGUUUGUGUUUCUUUUUUCUUGCAACUGCACUUGUACGAAUUCCAGCACCAAAAAGUAAAAUCUCUCUCCUCAUCCUCUAUCAAUUAAUUGGAUUGAUGCUGCUCCCUCCAUUGCUGUUGGGUGCCGUCAAUUAAUGUUAUCUCGUCAAAAUUAUUUGUUCUCUCUCAAACCAUAUAUAAUUCAUGUUUUCUUUUUUCUCACUUUUGAUUCAUAUUCUUAUACUGCAUGUAGAUGUGAUUAAUUAUGAGUGAAUAAUGAAUGAGUUGAUGGAAUGAUGAUUUCUAGAAUUCUGAAUUGAUAUCCUACAAGCUUCAACGUUGUGGUAAUUAAUUCAUCGCUCUUCACUUGAUCAAUUUAACUCAUCUUACACAUUUGAGGAGUGUGAGGACAAGCAGAAUUUGCUUCAACAUGAAAAUGAACUACUGCAAGUCUUGGUUUUUGAAAUUUCAUCUGAUAUUCCAAAGAUGGCAUGGCAGGAGGAGAGGAAGGAAAGCAGCAGUGUUUGCCAAGCCAAAGACAAUUCUGUCUGUUCUUCAAGGGGCUCAGUUUUAUUUAGCUAAGAUUUGGGAGGAUAUUCAAUGUCAUUUCUUAAUUGCUCUGCUAAUUCUUUGAAAACCAACCAAUUCACGGGAUUGACGUGGAUGAUGUUCAAGGUCCCUUGGUUGUUUCAGCAGCGCGUGAGUUUGAUUCCAAUAUGUUGUCUCUUGUUUGUACAUAGCUGUCUUUUUUCAAAUUAUCACAACCCCUGGUCCUUCAAAAGAGGGAUCCCAAUGUAGCUUUACAGGCACCAACCAAACUAUUUUGUAUCUUAUAUUCAAGCUUCUGAAGAACCUGAAGUUUCAAUCAUAAAAAAAGAAUCUGAGAUUUUCUUUGUGCGUCUGGUUGCUCGUUUGGUUCCCAUAAUCAUAUGGUACGUCACAAGAAGGAAAUGACUAAAUUAUUAGGAAUCUUUUUAACUUGUUUUACAGAUAAACGGGUGGAUGGCAACAAUUAGGGUGCUGCUAAAAUUGCUAACAGUGGCAUCUUUAUUCAAUGUUAUGCUACCGACUCACACACCACAAGUAGAAAGGAUUACAAGGACGCAAAUCACUUCUUGUCAUGUCCUUUUCCAGUCGUAGUCAUGAACACCUGUCUCCUAUUGUCUUGUCCACAACUGAUGGAAAUACUAGUGUUUUGGAUAUUGAUUCAUAGGUAGCAUGAAAUGAAGGUGUUAAUUUUCAUGCUUUCUAAUAGACAAAUCCAAUAAAU